AUGGAUAGCUGUGAUAAUCACUAUACAGAAGAGAUGGUUCACUUCUGCUUCGAUCACAACAUUAAGGUCUUCCCAAUGCCUCCCCAUCUUACACAUCAGCUUCAACCUCUUGAUGUCGGCGUUUUUAGGUCAUACAAACACUGGCAUCAACAAGUUCUACAUCGUGAGAUUGCUGACGGGGCAUAUGACUUUAACAACUUCAAGACACGCUCGUCGCUCACAGAAGAAGUGGCCAUUAAGGACCUGCCGGGCUCGAUCGAAAGCGAGCCUCAGGGCGGGCCUCAGGCAGCAAGACCAUCAACACCAUCGCCACACACGCCGCCCUCGAUUCAACGAUUCAACUGGAACAAUGUUUCAACGCCGAGACUCAACCUCUCUACGAUUCAGAGGUAUCACGCCUACGUACAGCUUCGUCUAGCCACAUCAGUUGACUCCCACAUGCCGUUGACUCCCUCCGUCACAUACGUCUAUGAGAAGGCGCGGAAAGCCGACAAAACCCUCGCUCUCAACGGCAUCACCGCAACGGCCGAGAUGACGAAGAUAAAAGAGAAACAAGCCAAGCGCUCCAGUCUCCAGCAACAGACAACUAUUGUAGCGAGAUACGGCCCAUUAAGCGUCGAAGAGGAGGCACAGAGAGUCAGGAAUAAGGAGGUUCGCGACGAAGCUGGCUAUAUACGCCGCUGGCUUCGCAAGGUACGCUUCAACGUCAGGAUUAGCAUCACAGAGGCGAAGAUUCGAGACAUCAGAGGUCUCUGGGCCAAGGGCGACAAGCGCGCACACCUCAAUUGCAAUGAGUGGAUGUGCGCAAGCUACAGGAUUCUCCGCGAGCUACACAACCGCGGCGUAGGGCAAAGCAAGGCGAUCAUGUGGCCGGAGUACUAUGAUCGCGAGAUUGUAAAGGAAGCAGCCGAAUUAGUGGUGAUGGAGGCAAAUAAGCGUGCUAUUUGCCGUCAGACGUUCUCCUUGGAAGCUGACGGCAUCGAGAUGCGAUAA